CUGUUACUGUUGGCCAAAAAGUGGUUAUCAGAAAAUUGGCGAGUGCUUUCAAAGUUCAAAAAUGCGUCCUGUACUUAAUAGAUUGGCAUCUGAUGUGCGUUUAAUGCAACGGCUUGUCUGUCAGCAAAGGAUGAUGGGAUCAUAUACAAGUCCAAGUCCUCUUACACUUAAAGAAAGGACAAGUGUAAACAAUGCAGACAUGGACAGCUUGCCAAGCCCUAGUGGGAAUUGGGCUACAGAAUAUGCACAAGCCCAGACAAAAUACAACAUCAGUCUAGCUGCUUCUAUUUCUCUUUUCGCUGCAGUGGCAUACUAUUUUCUGUCACAGGGCUUUGUAAAGAAACCAGCAAACAUAUAUGCUCCAAUUAAUCUAGAAGAAGUGUUUCAGGCCAGGAUGGCCAAUAGAGAAGAGUAAAGCAUGGAUUCUAAAAAUUUGAAACAAUUAAAAACAUUCAAAGAACAUUUUGUCUGUGUGUUUUAGCAAAUACAAUUAUUUAAAUUCUUGAAAUUUUUAUCAAUAUUGUGGUUUUGAGUUUCUAGAAGAAUUGUAACUAAUACAUCAAUACAUAUUGGAAUUGAAAAAUAAGUGAAAAUAAGAGUUUAGUGGGAAUUAUUGUUACAGAAAAGUCAUGCACUUUAGGAAUUACAGUGAUGUAUUUAUGUUGAAGACGUAUUUUGAAUAAAUUGGAUAAUUUAUAAAAUA